CUCUCUCUCCUAAAAGCAUUCCCCUCUCCCUUUCUGUCUCGAUCUCAAUUCUAGGGUUUCUUUUGCCCGCAGGAGCGACUCGCCGGAGAUGGCGACUCUGUCUCAAUCGACGUUGUUUCAGGAGAAGGAAAAUCUUGAUCUCAACGAAAGCUCCACUUGGUUCUUGAUCUUGAUCACACACUCCUCCACACCACUCAACUCUGUAAUCUGACACCUGAAGAAGACUAUCUCAAGAUCGGAACCCAUCCUCAUCGAGAUGUUUUCGUGCUUGAAACUGUGAUCACCAAGCUCAGGCCCUUUGUCUGGAGAUUCUUGGAUGAAGCCAGCAAGAUGUUUGAGCUGUACAUAUACACAAAGGGUAACCGGUACUAUGCGGGUCUAAUGGCUGCCCUGCUUGAUCCUAGGAAGGAGUAUUUCACUUCCAGUUCUAGAGUCAUAUCCUGCGAGGAUCACGGAAUCGUGGGGCGAUAUAAGAGUUUGGAUGCUGUGGUUGGCUGCAAUUAUUCUAAUGUUUUGAUCCUUGAUGAUACGGAAGAGGCAUGGACAAAGGAAAGCCGGGACAAUCUAAUCAUUGCCGAGAAGUACUGUUUCUUUAGGCACAAAAUGGGCCUACCUAAAUGCAAGUCUUAUGCUGAGUUAAAGACUGAUGAAUGUGGAUAUCUUGCAGCACUUCUUGAAGUGCUUAAGGCAAUCAACCGUAUCUUCUGUGAUGAACUAGCCAGAAAUCCUUCUGGUGUAGAUGUGAGGGAGGUGUUACAACUGUUUGGAAACAAUUGUUGAAGGUUGUUAGGCAUCCUGGAAACAGUUUCUUGACCAAAUCAAGCCGGUGAUCUGCCUAAGAUGGCGCAUUGUGCAGUUUGUAAUGUCUUAGGCAUCUUGGAAGAACUUGAGACUGCUUGAAAAGAGGAAAAGAAUAUCCCAUUCCAUUCUCUGCUAAAUACCACUUCAUUCGUUGAGGAUCAAUGCAAACUGACCGU